AUGUAUCAGAGCAGCGAUUUAAGCCCAGAAUUAAAUCGGAUCAAUGGUGUGGCUAUCACUAUUUUGUCGAUCGUCACAACAAUCCUCGCCAUAAUCCCAUUAACAACGUUCAUCAAGAUUCGACAAGUUGGCCCAUGUUCCCUGUUACUAAUAUCGAUGCUCUUCAGUACCUUUGCGGCUGUUAAUUCGAGGAUCUGGAGUAGCGAGAACCAAAGCGAAUGGUAUAGCGGCGCUGGAAUAUGUCACAUUGAGACCCCUUUGAGACAGCCCUUAACAAUUGCUUUUGCUUUCGCUAUGGUUUUAAUGCCAUGGAAGCUAGUUGAGACCUUGAGGACAAGACGGGUAGUGCAGUUCAAUCGUGUCUGGCGGGAUAUAGUGUUUGUCUGGGGAGUUCCGGUCUUCAUCAUAAUGCCUUUUCAAUACCUCGUCAUGACAAAUGUUUACUCAAUUAUUCCAGGAUUUGGAUGUAUGCCCGAGUUUGACGAGUCAUGGCUGAGUUUGCUUGUCGUAUUUAUGUGGUGGCCAGUGCUACUCUUCCUUACCUUAGUCCUUGCCAUCAUAAUGGGGAUCAUGAUUCAUCGAAAACGAGAAGAAAUUUCAGAAUCUCUUAAUGACAAUAGCUCGCGGUCGUCCGAGAGAACUUUUAUUAAACUUUACAUUGUAGCAGCAGUUCUCAUUGCCAUCUACUUUCCAACGCAGCUCAUUUUCGUCAUUCGAUACGUGCCGUUACGGUACGGAAGUUUUCAAUUCGCCCUAGAGAAGAAUAAAGAAUGGGUUGUUCCAACGCUUUACCAUACCAGCGAUGACCCACAGAUUCAGUUUGAGCCAUGGGCCUAUAUAGCCAUAAAUUUUUUAAUGUUUUUGUUUUACGGAGCUAAUACAGAUGCUCAAAAAUCAUACUGGAAAUUUGUCGAAAAUACCGGUUUGGUAAAACUCUUUCCAAUAUUUUUUAGCCAGCAACCGCACAGUAGCGCCAAAAGUUUACUUUCUUAUGGAGACUUUGUUGGAUAUGUAACAAGGAAAUUCGAGAAACGUAAAGAUAGUACGAGCAAGCCUCAUGAGUAA